AUGCCUCCAGAGUCUCCUAGAAACGGUGACAAAACCAUGUUCAUCCACAAAGAUUUCUCACUAGGAAAACCCCACAAACGACUACAGAUGGUGUUCCGAGCCAUAUAUUUUGUUGUUUUUCUCUCCAAGAAAUCCCAAACCCUUUCCAGGGUUCUACGCAGCCCAUCUUACGUUGCCAUUGAUGUUCAACCCAACGACGAUCACUUCACCUUCCGGGAUAUCGACCCAAAGCCACUUUCUGACCUGGUGAGAGACAAAAACUUUGAUGGCCUCCUUCAAUAUGGAGGGGUGAAAGAAAUUGCUGCAAUUCUUGAAACUCACGAAAAAGCUGGUAUCAGUGGCAACAUGAAUGACAUUCAGAACAGAAUCGAUGUUUUCGGGUCGAACACGUACCAGAAGCUGCCUGCAAAAGGUUUCCUCAGUUUCGUGAUCGAAGGUCUCAAAGACACCACCAUAAUCAUACUUCUGUCGUUGCAGUCUCUGCCAUUAGCAAUUCCAGAGGGUCUCCCACUGGCUGUUACUCUCACUCUCGCUUACUCAAUGAAGAGAAUGAUGGCUGAUCAUGCCAUGGUUCGGAAACUCUCAGCUUGUGAGACAAUGGGUUCGGUAACUACCAUCUGCACAGACAAAACAGGCACACUCACAUUAAACCAAAUGAAUGUCAUUGAAUUUUUCCUAGGAAAAGAGGAAAUGAAGGAUAAGACAACUUCAGAGAUAGCCCCGAAUGUUCUCGAAUUGCUACAAGAAAGUGUUGGUCUAAAUACAACUGGUGAAGUCUAUAGACCAAUCUCUGCUUCAAUGCCACAAAUUUCUGGUAGCCCAACUGAGUCAGCCAUCCUCUCCUGGGCUGUGCUUGAGUUGGGUGUGGAUUUUGAUGAACUGAAGCAAGGUCAUGAGAUUCUCCAUGUUGAAACUUUCAAUUCAGAGAAGAAAAGAAGUGGGGUUUUGGUGAAGGAAAUAUGUCACAACACAGUUCAUACACAUUGGAAGGGUGCUGCUGAGAUGAUACUAGCCAUGUGUUCUAAUUAUUAUGUCAGAAAUGGUAUGAAACUAACCAUGGAUGACGAAGAAAGAGUGCAGUUUGAAACAGUAAUUAAAGAUAUGGCUGCUAAAAGCUUGCGAUGUAUCGCUCUUGCCUGCAAACAGUUUGCAAUAGAAAACCAACAGGAUACUGAAAAGCUCGAAGAAACCGGAUUGACCUUGUUAGGGUUGUUGGGGUUGAAGGAUCCAUGCCGACCAGGUGUAAGGGCAGCAGUUCAGUCCUGCAGAGACGCUGGAGUUCACAUCAAAAUGAUCACUGGAGACAAUGUGUUCACUGCAAAAUCUAUAGCCAAUGAAUGUGGGAUUAUCAAACCUGAUGAGGAUUUGAACAAUGCAAUAGUCGAAGGUGUAACAUUCAGAAAUUACUCACAAGAAGAAAGAAUGCAAAACAUUGAAAGAAUUCGCAUAAUGGCAAGAUCCUCCCCAUUUGACAAGCUGCUCAUGGUCCAAUGUUUGAAGCAAAAAGGCCACGUUGUAGCGGUAACCGGAGAUGGAACCAACGAUGCACCUGCACUCAAAGAAGCAGAUAUCGGGCUUUCUAUGGGGAUCCAGGGAACAGAAGUAGCAAAAGAGAGCUCAGAUAUUGUUAUCUUGGACGACAAUUUCACAUCUGUGGUAACAGUUUUGAAGUGGGGUAGGUGUGUGUACAACAAUAUACAAAAGUUCAUCCAAUUUCAACUCACUGUCAAUGUUGCUGCCUUAGUCAUCAACUUUGUUGCUGCACUAUCAUCUGGUGAAGUCCCACUAACAGCGGUCCAGCUGCUCUGGGUGAACCUCAUCAUGGAUACCCUAGGGGCCUUAGCCUUAGCCACCGAGCAACCCACUAAUGAUCUCAUGACAAAGAAACCUGUGGGUCGAACCGAACCGCUUAUUACCAAAGUCAUGUGGAGGAACCUCAUUGCUCAGGCCUUGUAUCAG